CUUCUACAGUAAAACUCAGAUUGGUGGAUUCCAGGACCUUGAAUGUGUGCCCUGCACAAAGCAGACCCCAUCCUCAGAACCACAGUGCCUUUCUAGAAUUGGCUUAGAAGAAAGUUCCACAGAUUCUGCCCAAGACCCAGCUCUGGUGGUGCUCACAAGCAGUGCCCUGGCAAUCUUGGCGCUAGUCCUCCUGACGGUCACCAUCCUCUACUGCCAGCAAUUCUGGAAGAGCCAGUGCCAACAUGUGUUUUUGAGAAGUCAGAAUGUCUCUGGUCAGAGAGUGACAUUUCGGGCAUCUGCUGGGCCAACUGGUUUCCAUGAACGGCUGCCAGAUGCUUGCUCCUUGAACAUCAGGAACUUCAGGUCUUCCUACAGACCCCCAGAAGGCACUGUCAGAGCUCUUCGGUUCAUCCCAGGGGUAGAUGUUUCUGGAUCCCUCCUCCCACAUCCACAGUCUGAUACAGAUUGGUCCAAGCCGGCGACAAUCACUUCCAAGACCCCCCAAAUCAGGAGCCCCUUGGAGACGCAGCCCCUGAUAGGGACUUCUGGGCUCCACAGAGGCUUCUCUGAUAGCAGAGAGGAGCGCAACAGUGGUCCUGAGGUCUCAGGCCAGCCGUCCUCCUGCGCCAGGGAAUCUCAGCAUUGCUGGCCUCACGCCCCGGUGGAAUGCACGGAGCUGGAUCUGCAGGCCUUCUCUGCCUGGGCCGGGAAGGGGGCGGCCGAGAUGGGAAUCCCAGGGAAACAGAAGCCGAUCCCUGAAGGGCUUCCAUGGUCUGCCUGUGCAGCAACCCCCGCUGGGCUCUCUCCGGAAGCAGCUUCAGUCUUGCAUUCCUCCUUCCAAAACCAGACCCUUGAAAGUGGGGAGCCCCUGUGAAGUUCCUCUAGCCAUGUUUCUCUGGAGCAGCCGCCACUGUGAAUAUUUACAAUUUCUCCUCUCGUUUGUACACUUCAGCCGUUGUUAUCCUUCACAUGGCUGUUGUGGCACUGGCGACAUUGGUCGAGCUAAAGAGACCCUGCCUUCCAGAGGGGAUUCUGUGGCAUGGUCAGGCUGUCUCUUCUUUCAUGCCAUCCAGCCUCACCCCAAACUGGAAAGGUUGUCCUGUCUCCAUUGAUGGAUCCAGAAGGCUGGCACUGAGCCAGACGUCAAGGUUGCAAAAGUUUAUUAACUUUUCAGGCCAGUUUUGGAAGGAAGCUCUGCAGAAGGUUUAGCAUUUUGAUGCCUUUUUUGCUUUAUGACUAAUUUAUUGGGACUUCAGGCCAUAAUAUCCAACUCUAGGAUGUUUUCUACUCAUUCAUGAGAACAUUUGUAACAGCUGAAGAAGCCUACCCAGGGUCUGCUGGGAGUCAAGUGGCUUCAGCUGAACAAGACCUUGUCUCCUUCUCUCUUAGAGGAAAAUCUUAAAAGAGAGAGCAAAAAGAGUUUACUUGCAGAUUGUGGGAGAAAGGAAAUCCAAGAGAGACCUGGACUAUCACGUGUCUGCUUGAUUUCUCCGUGAAAUUCACCUUCUGCUCAUCUUCGCAAGAAGGUUCUGGAGUCAGAGGAGAACUUCUGAGCACUGUGUCCAUGUCUGUCUCCUGAUUUGUCCCAUUCAGCUGCUUGAAAUAUGUAGCUCCAGCUCAUGAUGGAGUUACUGUACAGUACUUGAAAAUCCUGGAACUUAAGUAGGUUUCUUUGUUGAUGGUUAAAAAUGUAAUUUAUUUUCAGGGCAUGGAGGGAAGUUACAAUGCUCCAAUGAACCCUGAAAAAUUAUCUUGCAUUGCUGUGGAUUUGAGGUGUUCUUUUUCCUCUGGACACUGGUCAUAAUUUCAACAAAGUAUGCCUUGAUCAUUCAGAGCUUCUGAGCUCUUCAGCAAAUGUAAGGGGAAGGGCUCUGGCCACACUUGUUUAUUUCCUCUUUGAGCAGAAUUGUAGGUACUGCAUGAAAUUGAUUUUUUUUUUUAAAUUACAAAAUGGUUGCAGAGGAAGGCCUUGGCUGAUUAGGGCUAUUUUUUUAUUUUAAAAAAUUCAGAAGUUCUGAGUGGUGUGUAUUUUUUCAUUAUGUAUUUUUCAUUGAUUCUAAAGGAGUCACAUCAUGCCUGGCUUAUCUGUACUUGUAGCGAUGCCAUUCAUUCAGUGUUCCUUCCUUGCCUUUGCAUGAUCAAAAGCCCUUCUGAAAUGCCUUCUCAGCUAUGAUUUUGUCAUCUCAGGGAGGUAUCUGACAAUCCACCUUCAUGGUGUCAAUUCCAGAAUUCAGUUCCUUGUAUAAACAGAGGUAGUCCUCACUUAAUAACCCUAAUUUGGACUUAUAAGUCUGCUGCUUGUACUAGUCUGUGUGACCAGGACUGUGCUUGCUGGCUGGGAAGGGAAAAAAUUAUUCAGUUUUGCACCUUUGGUUUUUGUAUACUUCCUAAGCACUCCCCCUACCCCCUCUGGCACUGCCACCUUUUGAAACACUCAAAUUCCUUCUUCGUGUCUUGUGCACAUUGAAAGCAAGGCUAUUGUGCUGCUGGCGGUGGGGGACAUGGGGGGGUGGGUCUGGGAGCCAUGAGGACUUCCAUUAGUUAGAGAAAUAAUUGAAGGAAGGAAGGGCAAGACUGCCUUGUUGAGUCAGGCUUAACCAGGCUUCAUUGGAUCUAGAUAUUUUUUGCUUGCCUUGUUAUUCAUUAAUUAAGUGAGCCUGGAGGCAUCCUAGCAGUUCACCAUCCUGGUUUGCUAAUGACAACUCUGUCAGGAAUAUAAGGAUACCUGGGGGUGAGAAAUGGUGUGUUUCUUGUAUGAUAGGCUGAAAAGGCUAGAAUUCAGGAAGUGUUUGGCGUGGUCAUUGUGGGCUUCAAGUAGGAGGAAUCAGGACAAUCAGUUUUGCCAGUUGGGAUAAUUUGGAACUGAAUGUUAAGAUAAUAAGUACUCAGCCAAAUGUGUGGCUUUUCUUUCACUUAAUACUGCUGUGGCUAUUGCCACAUCGAAUCGUUUUGGUGAACACAAUUUUACUCUGUAAUUUUUCCCAGAGUCUCUGACUAUAGAGUCUCUGGUACACUUUUUUGUAAUACAGCUUCGGUAUGGAGCUGUCAUUUUUUUAUCUCAUUUAUUAGAUUGAAAUGUCUUUGGGUUAGUUAAAUUAUUCUUCCUUACAUCAUCAGUGCCAGGUUUUGCCUGAAAUGUAGGCACAAUUGGUGAAUUGAUUGAUUGGGGUCUCAUAGAUUAUAUGAGACUCCAGUUGAUCACUAAAAAUUGAUUGUCAAAAUUCAUUUGUGGUUGUCAUUGCAUGUGUGUGAUCAAGUGUCACUGUACUUUUUGGGCAAACACAAAUCUAAGGCCAUCAUUUCAGGAGUCCUUAUAAUGACUGACUUCCCUAAUCUUACAAGAUGUACAUUAUUUUUAAUGAUUACUUAAUAGGAAUUUUCCUUGGAAAAUUUUGUUGUGGUUAUUUUGUGAAAGACAUGUUGGCUAAAACAAGUUUAGAAAAGAUAUUUUGAUCUUUAAUUAUCUCUAAUUAAUUGCUCUUAAUAUCUCACAUUUGUAUUUUGUGUCUUGUCCUAAUUUUAAGAACCAUAUCACAUGUUCAUGAUGCGCUAAUGCAGGGGAGAGGCCAUUCCUUUUAGGAGUUAUAGAGAUCUCCUCAAAACACGAUAUACUUACUUGAUAAGUUGGUUUAUAUAAGCUCUGGCCAGAUGCUGAGAGUGCAGAGGGCCUGGUUCCUUUAGAAGAAGACUACCUCUACCACAACCACCAUGUAGAAUAAUUCCUCCAAACUAGGCCAAUUACUUUUUGUAAGUCAAGGAGAUUGAUAUGAGAAAGUUGCCAUCAAGAUACCAUCUGAAGCCUCAAUCUUGUACAAAUGAUUCCAUUACCUUAAGACUUUUCUUGAUCAGAACUGGGUUUCAAGCACUAGGUCUCAUAAACUAAAAUGGAUCACUCAUGUACAAAAGGAAUCUUACUGCUGCACUAUUAUUACCAGCCCUGGUUUCUGCUUGGCAUCAGUUUGCUGCAAUGUACAAAGUUGUGAAGACCUUACCUGUCAUAAGACCUUGCCUGAAUAAUGUGAAGAACAAGAAUUGCAUUUCAAAACUUCUUCCUGUACUUUAUUUUAUAUAGGGCAUAAAUGAUUAGUGUUUAGAAGACUGCUGUAGUGAUACAGACUUAAGAAACAAAUGUUUUUUAAGCAAUGAGAAUUUGUUUUGCACCUAUACAGUGGAAGAAACACUGCUGAAUGAAAUCUGUUUUUCCUGUUUCACAAAAUUUCUUGUAAAAGAGGCCAUCUUUUUUCUACCUCAUUCACGAUGCUUGUUCUCAACAAUGUAAACACAAAGGUAAAUAUUGUUGAUUUACAAGAUUGAUUUGAAUCAAUAGACUUUUGAAAAUUCAGUCAGCACAGCUUAGAAAUGUGGUGUUUGCUUUUCCCAGUCAACAGCACUGGAAAACUGUAGGCAGGCGAAGGAUAUCAAAGCUUGUGUUUAAAGGGAAUUUUAUUUAUUUUCACACUAUCAGAAACACACUCUUAACAGGCUGGAAAAAGAAGCAUUUCGGAGUAAUUUUGUAUUUAGCUUUAGUUUUCAUUUUUAAUAAAUCUCAACUGAAACUUGUAUCAUUUUUAAAAGGAAGUUGUUUCCAAAACAGGAAAAAAUAGGGACAUCUUUGGGUUCCUGCUUCUUUGCAUUUAUUUAUUUAUUUCGAGGAGAAAAUACCUCAUGUAUUUUUUUUGUAUGUGAAAUUGUGCAUUGGUUUUCGUGUAAUUCUAAAUGCCACUAUUUUAAUAGCCAUUUCAGGAUUCUUUAUUUUGAAUGAAACAAUGAUCCUUGUGAAACAUUUUGUACUUGCAGUGAAAAGAAAUAAAAAAGUAUGUCUCCUGUA